GGACAUGAAUCAAACCGCGGGCGUCUCCAAUAGCGUCAGGUGUCCCCCUGGCAAAGGCCACAAGGAGCUGGUGGGGAGUAACCCUCCGCAGAGGAACUGGAAAGGGAUCGCCAUCGCCCUGCUUGUGAUCCUGGUCAUCUGCUCCCUGAUCGUCACCUCGGUCAUCCUGCUGACGCCAGUGGAAGACAACAGCCUGUCCCAGAAGAAGAGGGUCACGGUGGAAGACCUCUUCAGUGACGAGUUCAAAGUUCACGACCCCGAGGCUAAGUGGAUAAGCGAUAAAGAAUUCAUCUACAGAGAACAGAGAGGAAGCGUGAUCCUGCGCAAUGUGGAGACCAAUCUGUCUACAGUGUUAAUAGAAGGCAAAAAAAUCGAAUCGUUAAGAGCCAUCAGAUACGAGAUAUCUCCGGAUAAAGAAUAUGCUCUUUUCUCAUAUAACGUGGAACCGAUACAUCGACACUCCUAUACUGGAUACUAUGUCCUGAGCAAAAUUCCUCACGGGGACCCUCAAAGUCUAGAUCCCCCGGAGGUCAGCAACGCGAAACUGCAGUAUGCAGGGUGGGGCCCCAAGGGACAGCAGCUGAUAUUUAUCUUUGAAAACAACAUCUAUUACUGCGCACACGUCGGGAAGCAGGCCAUCCGCGUGGUUUCCACCGGGAAGGAGGGAGUCAUCUACAACGGCCUGAGCGACUGGCUGUAUGAAGAGGAGAUCCUGAAGACCCACAUCGCCCACUGGUGGUCUCCGGACGGCACGAGGCUCGCCUACGCCACCAUCAAUGACUCCCGCGUGCCUGUCAUGGAGCUCCCGACCUACACGGGCGCCACGUACCCCACAGUGAAGCUCUACCACUACCCCAAGGCCGGAUGUGAAAACCCCAGUAUCUCCCUGCAUGUCAUCGGCUUAAACGGACCCACCCACGACCUGGAGAUGAUGCCGCCGGAGGACCCACGGAUGAGGGAGUACUACAUCACCAUGGUGAAAUGGGCCACCAGCACCAAGGUUGCCGUGAACUGGCUGAGCCGGGCGCAGAACGUGUCCAUCCUCACCCUCUGCGACGCCACCACCGGGGUCUGCACCAAGAAACACGAGGAUGAAAGUGAAGCCUGGCUCCACAGACAGAAUGAAGAGCCGCUGUUCUCCAGGGACGGACGCAAGUUCUUCUUUGUCAGAGCGAUCCCGCAGGGGGGACAGGGCAAGUUCUACCACAUCACCGUGUCGUCCUCCCAGCCCAACAGCAGCAACGACAACAUCCAGUCCAUCACAUCAGGGGACUGGGACGUCACCAAGAUCCUGUCCUACGACGAGAAGCGGAACAAGAUCUACUUCCUCAGCACCGAGGACCUGCCAAGGAGACGGCAGCUCUACAGUGCCAGCACGGUGGGCAGCUUCAACCGGCAGUGCCUGUCCUGCGAACUGGUGGGCAACUGCACCUACUUCAGCGCGUCCUUCAGCCACAGCGCGGACUUCUUCCUGCUCACGUGCGAAGGUCCUGGGGUCCCCAGGGUGACAGUGCACAACACAACCGACAAGAAAAAACUGUUUGACCUGGAAACAAAUGAACAUGUACAGAAGGCUGUCAACGACCGACAGAUGCCCAAAGUAGAAUACAGGCAGGUCAAGAUCGACGACUACAGCCUGCCGGUCCAGAUCCUCAAGCCAGCGACCUUCAGCGAGACCACGCACUACCCGCUGCUCCUGGUGGUGGAUGGCGCCCCGGGCAGCCAGAGCGUGGCGGAGAAGUUCGCGGUGACCUGGGAGACGGUGCUGGUGAGCAGCCACGGCGCCGUGGUGCUGAAGUGCGACGGCCGGGGCAGCGGCUUCCAAGGCACGAAGCUGCUCCACGAAGUGAGGCGGCGGCUGGGCCUCCUGGAGGACAGAGACCAGCUGGAGGCCCUGCGGACUAUGCUGAAGGAGCAGUACAUCGACAAGACGCGGGUGGGAGUGUUUGGGAAGGACUACGGCGGGUACCUGAGCACGCACAUCCUCCCGGCCAAGGGCGAGAACCAAGGCCCCGUCUUCACCUGCGGCUCCGCGCUCUCGCCGAUAACCGACUUCCAGCUCUACGCGUCUGCAUUUUCUGAGAGGUACUUGGGCCUCCACGGACUUGACAACAGAGCCUAUGAGAUGACCAAGGUGGCCCAUCGGGUGUCAGCGCUGGAGGGACAGCAGUUUCUGAUCAUCCACGCGACGGCCGAUGAAAAAAUCCAUUUCCAGCACACGGCAGAGCUCAUUACACAGCUAAUCAAGGCAAAGGCUAAUUACAGCUUACAGAUCUACCCGGACGAAAGCCAUUACUUCCACAGCGCCCCCCUCAGGCAGCACCUGUACCACGCCAUCAUCAACUUCUUCGUGGAAUGUUUCAGGGUGCAGGACAAACCCCCGGCAGCCCCCCCGAGGGAGGAAGAGGAAGACUGAGCGCCCCGCAGCCCCAGCACAGCCUGGCUCUGCCUGGGCGAGUGUCGGAGGACUGGGGGACCCCCCCUCCCUGUCCCGCCGGCGCUGGGGC